GCUGACAAUGUUGGUGACAAUGUUGGAGAUAUUGCUGGGAUGGGCUCUGAUCUUUUUGGCUCCUAUGCUGAAUCAUCUUGUGCUGCCCUUGUUGUUGCUUCCAUUUCCUCAUUUGGAAUCGACCAUGACUUCACUGCCAUGUUGUAUCCCCUACUUGUCAGCUCUGUGGGCAUUCUCAUCUGUUUGAUUACUACUCUCUUUGCAACUGAUUUCUUUGAGAUCAAAGCCGUCAAGGAAAUUGAACCAGCAUUGAAAAAGCAGCUUAUCAUUUCUACAGCACUCAUGACUGUUGGAAUUGCAAUUAUUAGUUGGCUUGCUCUCCCAUCGACCUUCACUAUUUUCAACUUUGGAGCUCAGAAAGAAGUUAAGAGCUGGCAGUUAUUCCUAUGUGUGGCCGUAGGACUCUGGGCUGGACUUAUUAUAGGGUUUGUCACGGAAUAUUAUACAAGCAAUGCUUACAGCCCUGUACAAGAUGUUGCUGAUUCCUGCCGGACUGGAGCUGCAACCAAUGUCAUCUUUGGCCUUGCGCUAGGAUACAAGUCUGUCAUUAUUCCUAUUUUUGCCAUUGCCAUAAGUAUCUUCGUAAGUUUCAGUUUUGCUGCAAUGUAUGGAAUUGCUGUGGCUGCCCUUGGAAUGCUUAGUACUAUUGCUACUGGAUUGGCUAUUGAUGCCUAUGGACCUAUCAGUGACAAUGCUGGAGGCAUUGCUGAAAUGGCUGGAAUGAGCCAUCGUAUCCGCGAGAGAACUGAUGCACUUGAUGCUGCUGGCAACACAACUGCUGCCAUUGGCAAGGGAUUCGCCAUUGGAUCUGCUGCUCUGGUAUCUUUGGCCCUAUUCGGUGCCUUUGUCAGCAGAGCAGGAAUUUCAACUGUUGAUGUCUUGACUCCCAAGGUCUUUAUUGGACUCUUAGUUGGCGCCAUGCUCCCCUACUGGUUCUCUGCCAUGACCAUGAAGAGUGUAGGAAGUGCAGCUUUGAAGAUGGUUGAGGAAGUUCUCAGGCAGUUCAACACCAUUCCAGGACUCAUGGAGGGUCACGCCAAGCCUGAUUAUGCCACAUGCGUCAAGAUUUCCACUGAUGCAUCCAUCAAGGAUAUGAUUCCUCCAGGUGCCCUUGUCAUGCUUACACCACUCAUUGUCGGUACCUUCUUUGGUGUGGAAACUCUCUCAGGCGUUCUUGCAGGUGCUCUUGUUUCUGGUGUGCAGAUUGCAAUAUCAGCAUCAAACACGGGUGGUGCCUGGGAUAAUGCUAAGAAGUACAUUGAGGACCAUCUAAAGAUAGGUCCUCUAGCCACCCCCAGGAUAACCACCUCCUCGUCAUCAUUAACUUGCCACCGUGACCUUGUUCCUUGAAAAAAAACUGAAGGACAAGAUGGCGCUGAGUUUCAGAACGAAGAAAGAAGGUGACGAAGCUCCGGUCAAAGGGAAGAAGACAGUGCUAUCAUCGGCGACGCAGUGAGUAGUGCGAAUGCGUUCGUUGUGCGUGAGAGGCUACCAUCGCACUGUCAUGGAAGGCAUUAUCAUCUGCGAGAGAGAUAAUCAAUGAUUCCUUCAAUGGGUUUCAAGUUGGUUUUUUUUUGCUGGUGCCUGGUGGUAAUGUUAGGGUUUUGAUUGAUUCUCUUUCUUAUUUGGUUAAUUUGUUACAAGUUGAUUAAAAUUUGUGUGCUCUGUUUUUUAUUUUUUUUGGUUUGUCAUUCGGUAUUUUUUUAAAAUCCAAGUGACGAUAGAUUGCAUUGUGAUGACCAAAGAAAUAAUACUACUAUACCAUGAUUAAUUCG